AUAUGCAGAUGGAACAAGCAUGGCCGUGUUUGCCUUUUUCUGCCAGCAAACGCCUCAGUACCAAUCGACCUAACGAUUGCCGUUGAUGUUGAAAGUAAUCCUGGUCCUGUCCGGUAUACGUGGGCUAUAACUACCGAGUGCAGGACCCCACAGAGCAAAGCAUAUCGCAGCUUCAAGCCAAAUUUAACUCAACGUGCCAAGCAUUAUUCCCAGUAUGUUAAUUAUCCAGCGCAAUUUGUUUAUUCAAGACGCCGAUUUCUCUCUAUUCGCUUUUCUUGCGGGAAAAUUAAGCCUGGUGGUGAUAUCCUAAACAAACUGAAAGAGUUCUCUCUUUUGAAAUAUCGCGGUAAUCGUGCUGGUCGUGGUAGUGGAUCUGGCUUGCGAAUCCCAACUCUUGCAUCACAAGACCGGAAAAAUGCUAAUCAAUUUCGAAUUAGCGGUCGCCAUCGUACACUCACCGUUGUGGAUUUAGCUGACAAGCUUGGACCGUCUGCUCCUAAAAUUAUCCCUCAGUGCAUGGUAAUAAAUGCUAGAUCUCUCGCUAAACCAGAUGCGGCUUCAGCUCUUUAUGUAGAGCUCCACUCUAAUAAGAUUGACAUUUGCUUUGUCUCUGAGACGUGGCUCAAUAACAGAAUCUCCUCGCACUUGGUGUGCCCCAAUGGAUAUAUUCUCUUAAGGAAGGACCGCGCUGGUACGCGUAAUGGGGGUGGAGUAGCGGUCAUCUGCAGAAGUGACUGUCAAAUUAAACAUUUAUUUGCUAGUGAUUCUUUCGAAUGCGUCUGGAGCGUUAUAACUACGCCUCAUUCUAAGUAUUACGUAGCU